AUGCUGGAGGCGUGUGUAUAUCAGUUGGCGGAGAUUCUCAACGAACAUCGGGCAGCUACGAUAGAGAAUGUGCAACGACGCCAGGCACGAACAUUGGCCGAACGGGAGGCCGAAGAUGAAGAGAGUGAUACUGAAAAUGACCUCACCACCGCUAACGUAAAUUCUGCCAAUACGGAUGCCAACGGCGAUGCCGAAGAGGAUGACAUUCCCUACAAUCCCAAAAAUCUUCCUCUGGGGUGGGAUGGCAAACCAAUUCCUUACUGGUUAUACAAAUUACAUGGUUUGAAUAUGUAUUACUCAUGUGAGAUUUGUGGAAAUCAGACAUAUCGCGGUCCAAAAGCUUUCCAACGUCAUUUCUCCGAAUGGCGUCAUGCACACGGUAUGCGUUGCCUCGGCAUACCUAACACCGCUCACUUCGCCCAUGUGACCAAAAUUGAAGAAGCUUUGGCGCUGUGGCAACGCAUCCGCACCACUAAGGAGGCUGAACGCUGGCGUCCUGACGUGGAAGAGGAAAUGGAAGAUCAUGCAGGCAAUGUCGUUUCCCGCAAAACUUACGAGGAUCUCAAACGACAGGGUCUUCUCUAA